ACACACACACACACACACACACACACAUAUAUAUACAUAUACACACACACACAUGCAUAUAUACACGCGCGUGAGCGUGCAAAAGUUUCUCAUGUUUUCCAUCCAGGAUGGAAAUUUUUUUUUAAUCUCAUAUACUUCCCAACUGUUUCGUGGGACCGCCCACACCAGGAAAGGUUGUAUGGAAACUCAGCUCUGACUUUUCGAAGGUGUUAAUGAGGCUCGUAAAAGGAUCUCCGCCUGUCAGAUUAUAGCAGCAGGCUGAUGGGAGCUGGAAUGGCUUUUCUGUGCCUGGUAUCGAUUUGUGGUAUUUUGGGAGCCACUGUUCGUAAUAGUUCUUCAAAAUCAGUGGUUGACCUUCCAAGAAAAUUAUUAAUUAAUUAAACCCUGCUCCAUUAACUCUCAGCUCUGCCAAAGUAAGUCAUUCUGUAAUGCUCAACUUUCUAUAAACUACCUCACCCAUAUGCGUUUCCUUGUCUUCUUGCUCUCCAGUGAGUACAAUAAUAAAUAAAACACAGAGGCCAUUGCAGCAGUCUCCACACACACCGACAUCCUGAGAACAACCCUGAAGUGUGGACUGGAAACUUUAUUUCCCGAGGGUAUUCAAAUGUAUCCCAGUGGUUUACUGAAACACUUGGAAAACGUCUGGGAUACAUUGUUGUCAUACUAAGAUUCCUGGUGUGGACGCGCCUUUAGUGACAUACAAGGGAGAGACAUACAAUGCACUGGACACAACAUUUGUCAAGACUUGGAAAAGAAUAGUCAUGCAAAUUAAAGUUCUGAAAAAAUGUGGGCAAAGGAUAUUGAUGCAUAAAUAUAAUAUCCUUUUUUGUCAGUGUUUUAUUGUCAUUACAAAGGCUUAGACUUUGAAAAAGGUGUGGAGAGCUUCUUCAGCUGCAGCAGUUCCUGGUAUAGGAGAACAAUAAUGAGUGUCAUCUAUUCAACAUGAAUUUCAAGACGCCUAUUGGGCUGGCUGCAGGGUUCGAUAAGCAUGGAGAGGCUGUGGAAGGACUAUGGAAGAUGGGCUUUGGCUUUGUAGAAGUGGGCUCUGUGACACCUGAACCUCAGCCUGGUAACCCACAACCCAGAGUAUUCCGCCUUAACUCAGAUUCUGCUAUCAUCAACAGAUAUGGCUUUAACAGUGAGGGCCAUGAAGCAGUGCUGUCACGCCUGAGGCAGCUGCCACCCCCAGGCCAGAGAGGAGGGGCUAUCCUGGGAGUCAACCUUGGCAAAAAUAAAACCUCAGAUGAUCAUGUGAAGGACUACACUCUUGGGGUCUACAGGUUUGGUCCUGUGGCAGACUAUCUGGUGGUGAAUGUGUCCAGCCCAAAUACCCCAGGACUAAGGAGCCUACAAAGUCGGGAUCAACUGGAGAAGUUGAUUGAAGCUGUGGCUGAAGCUCGGGACAACCUUCCAGGCCAACACAAGCCUCCACUGCUCCUCAAAAUUGCUCCAGAUCUCACUGUUGCUGAUAUGCAAGAUAUAGCUGCUAUUGCUCUGCAGGGGAAAGUUGAUGGGCUGAUCGUGACCAACACAACUGUAACACGUCCUUCUUCCCUGACUAGCCCAGAGUGUGGGGAGGUUGGUGGCCUGAGUGGUCAGCCCCUCAAGGCCCUUUCCACACACAUGAUCAAGCAAAUUUACUUCCUCACACAAGGUAAAGUGCCUAUCAUUGGGGUUGGAGGAAUUGCCAGUGGCCGUGAUGCGUAUGAGAAGAUUCGAGCUGGAGCAAGCUUGGUUCAGCUGUACACUGGCUUAGUCUACCAUGGCCCAUCAUUGAUCACCAAGAUCACUGAUGAGCUGGAGCAACUUUUAAGACAAGAUGGCUUCAUCUCUUUAAGAGAAGCAGUUGGUGCUGAUAUUUCUACAAAAUAAGGAUUAUGGGUUUCCUAGCACUGACUGUCAUCAAAACUCAUUUCAGGAAGGAGAGUUAUGGAUGACAAGCCAUACAGCAACCAAGACCACAUGGAACCCAUGGAUCAUAGUCAUACCUCCAGGUUUAAGUGCUCCCCUGCCUUUCCACCCCUCAACUUCACUACAACCUCUCUGACCUCAUCAAGAGAGGGUGGGGUUUUGUCAGUUUGUUGAAUCAGCAUCCACUAUCUGUAACCUAGCAGUUAGAAACUGCUUAAUUGGAGAGUUCAUCAUGCACAGCUGGUCAAAGGAGGAUAAUAUGUUUGUAGUAAAUGCAGUGGUAGAAAGAAUGAAGAGAAUGGGUGGGCAGGUAUAUCUCACUUUCCUCAACAUAGAAAAAAAUGUAUGAUGGGGUAAAUAGGGGGUUGUUGAGUCAGUUGCUGGCUAGGAUAGGAGUGAGAGGUUAGUUGGGAUUAUAAAUAACAAGUAUGAGAACACAUGUGCAAUUUACAGUCUAGAGGCUAAAGAAAAAGUGGAUAAGUAGUCAUAGAGGGGUUAGGCUUAAGUAUCCUACUUAUUUUUAGUAGGAAACUCAAGGGAGUCAUGUUAUGGAAUAAGGGUGGAGAGUGAACAAUUAGGAAAUCUACUGUAUGCAGAUGACAGUUACCAUGAGUGAGGACAGUGACAUACUGCAACUAAUGAUGAAUGUGGUAACACAGUAUGGGAGGAACUUUGACAUGUAGUUUAGUAACUAAAAAGAAGUCAUGUUUUAGUAGUAAAUGCAAAGGCUAUAUAUGAAGGAAGGACCUGGGUGCUAGGAGAGAUAAGCAUAAGCCGUACAAAUACCUAGGAAUUAUAGUUGCCAAGAAUGGGGAAGGUAGAACAAAGAACAGAAUUUCUAAGUCAAAUCAGUGGGUAGGAAAGUUAGGGGGUGUGGCUAGGUGCACAGCAGAUAUGAAGCCUUUUGCGUUAGAAGGACCACUCUCACCACAAAGGCCAAAAUCAAGAUAGAGUAAGGCAGUCCAUUAAGGUCUUAACCUUUCCUAUACGGCGACGCUGACGUCGAAGCCUAUGUUGGCGUCUUUAUUACAUUGACAUAUUUAGUUUUAGUUGGUGCCAAGUGAUCCCGUAUUCUGUUCUGACUCUACCUAGAGACUCUGUAUAUGAUACGGUGUCUUAUUUGACUUUCAAUGUUAUUACAGUGUAAUAACGUAAGUAUGUCUUACGCGCAUUUGUACUUGACCGUAACAAUCAAUUCUAACAGAAAAUAACAAAAAUAAUGAGAAAGAAAUGAUAUAUGUGUAUGUGUGGAGUUGUUAAGUUCCUCUUCCUUUGAGUUGCCAAGUGGCUGGGUAGUGAGUGCUUAUCUCAACACCACCCUUGGCUCAAGGACGCGGCCUCCCCUCACUGCCCCUCCCCCCGCUGUCUCUGUUCUCUUUCAUUCUUUCUUCCUUCCUUCUACCUCCCCCCUCCAGUGUGAGAGAGAGAGAGAGAGAGAUGCAUGCUCUCCCUCUCCCUUCGUAUCCCAGUGUGUGUGUGUGUGUGUGUGAGAGAGAGAGAGAUGCAUGCUCUCCCUCUCCCUUCAUAUCCCAGUAUCCCUUCAUGUGUGUGUGUGUGUGUGUGUGUGUGUGUGUGUGAGAGAGAGGGAGGAGGGGGGGGGGGGGGAGGCACCUCUUCAACAAGUUUCAACUUGCUGUUCCUCGACCCUUCCUUUCCUUUCUAACCAUCUAUAUUAUAAUCUGUGUGUGUGAGACAGAGAGAGAGAGGCGCCUCUUCAACAAGUUUCAACUUGCUGUUCCUCGACUCUUCCCUUCCUUUCUAACCAUCUAAUCUGUGUGUGUGUGUGUGAGAGAGAGAGAGAGGGAGAGAGAGAUGCUAAUCUCGCAAAUUUCUCUGUAUAUUUAUGCUUACAUCUCAAAAUUAUCAAAUAAUUUAUGUUUCUCUAUGUGCACCAUUUAAUUUUGCAUUUUUUAUAUAUAAUACAUGAUGAUUAUGUUGAAAUUAUGGCUGAAAACUUGUUAUAAUCAGAAGCGACAUUUGAAAUUUGGCGCGGGCAGCCAGCCUGGUUACGGGGUGGGGCGCCGUUUUCGCCCGGUUGUAGUGAAGGGGUUAACAUUGCCUUGGAGUGGAUGAGUGUCCCUUCAAGCAUUGUAGGUAGGGUCGAAAAUCCAUUACAGGAGAAGUCUGGUCAACAAUCAAUGCAGGUAUAAUAUGUUGCUGAAAGCAAUAUUUUGCAUUAAAAGGGCUGCCCAUCCAUGAGGGAUGCAUAACCUUUGUGAUGCAAAAAUUGUCACUGGACAAAUUCUGAUUUAGAAUGGCAGCUCAAUCAGUGCAGGGAAGGCUUUAACCAAUCCGAGUGGUUCCCUCACGUCAUGUGACUGCUCUCAGGCAAUGGAAGGGCGGUGGAGGCCAGCCAUGUUCGUCUUUUGUUUGGGCUGUCUUGGUGCACAAGCAAAGGAUACUCCUAACUAGUGGCGGGCUGGUACGAUUUUAGGCUAUUGAGCGGCCCUUAUGCCAUCGCACACUUUCCCUACCAUUUUCUCACUUUAUAUUAUUGUUACUAAUGUUAAUUUCAUGUUUUUGUGUUUCAUCAAUUAUGAAACAUUAUCACAUGCAGUAUUUACUAAAAGCACACUCAAAAUUCAGUGUAACUCCUGAAAUCAUCACAGGUUGCAAUAAAACAAAAAUUCUGUACUAAG